CAGCGGGUGGAAGGUUUGCCGCCGGCCGUGCUGAGCGGCGCCGCGCUCGGGCUGCAGGAGCACGAGGAGAGGGUGAUGCAGGCCAUCUCCCGCGCCAGGUUCUGGAACACCACGGAAGUUGCCCCCAAGAGGGAGCAAUAUUGCCCAGUGUUGUUUGAAAACUUGAUACAUCUAUGCCGGCUAAUCACUGCAAAAUAUCCUUCUUUGAAUAAAAGGAUGUUGGCUAGAAACUACAGGAUAUCAGCCAUGUGGGAAAGAGAAUCCAUUCUCCUUCAGGUCCGUGGCCUGAACGGAAUACUCAUGAACUCCAUGGCCCCAAUACCACCAGUAGCCUCCAAGGAGGAGAUACUGGCCACCAAAGAACAUGUUCUGGAGACCUUCUAUCCCAUCUCACCUACAAUUGAUCUCCAGGAAGUGAAUGUGUACAAAGAAUUCAAUGACACAGGUUUUAAAGAUGGUUAUCCAUACUCUCAUCCUCACACUCUGUUCUUCCUGGAGUCAGCCAACAUUCGCCCGAACAGGUUCAGACCAGAACAGCUUCGUGCUAAAAUGCUGAUGUUUGCGUUUGGCAACGCGCUGGCCAAGGCCAAGGCACUGUACGGGGAUGAUCCCAAGGUUUUGGAGCAGCCAGUAGUGGUGCAAAGCAUUGGCACAGAUGGACAGCUCUUCCAGUUCAUGGUGUUCCAGUUAAACACAACAGACCUUGUCUCGAGCGAUGGCAUAAAAAAUCUGGUCUGGAUUGACUCUGAUCAGAGUCUGUAUGAGAGAGCCCUGUGCCGUCCAGAAAUCAAGAAGAGAGUUGUGACAAAACCCGCUGGAAUUCAUGGCUUUGAGCCAGACACAUUCAAGAAGUUUCUGGCACUGUAUCUGCAUGGAACUGUGUGAAAUUCAGCUCAAAUGAAAAUACUUCACCAACUGUACCUGCUGCUUCUCUUUGCCGGAGCCGUCAUAUAAUUAAAGAGAAGUGGAUUAAUUUACUUGAAAAAAUAAAUUAUAUUAUUACUGAAAGUAAAACAUUUUUUUUAAAACUAAA